GUAUUUAUUUGCUAUUGAUGAUGCAAAAGUAAUACAGUGAUGGAGAGCCAAAAGCUAUUUUGAUGGUCUUAGAAGUGCAGUUUAAGUUGUGUAGAAUUCAAGAAGGCCUCUACGAGUAAGGAAAUUUCAAUGAGAACAGCUCAGUUAGGAAGCGAUGAAGGCCAGCUUGCUUUGCAGGAUGUCAUGCAGUGUUGUUCUUAUGGAUUUGCUGUUAUUUUAUAUGUGCAUAGGUUCUUGCUAAAGAAGUAAUCGGGACUUAGGGGUAACACAGACUGAAGUCAGUUUUUCUUUGAAGAAACAAAACAAAUUGGCUGUGAUACUGUUGUACUGUCUUAUGCAUUGUGGCUGUAUGCUGUGUUUUUCUGAGGAAUGCAGACCAAUAUAGGCAAGAUCAAGUUUUGCUGUAAAGUCAGUACAAGGAUCAUUAGAUGUGCAGAGAGGUUGGAUUUUGGCAGGAACAUAAUAACGCACCUCUCGCCUCGAUGCAUUAUUUUAAUAGGUUCAUUAAAGAGGAAAAAAUGUUAAUUACUGGGUGGGAUUACCUGUGAUUUUGUGUGCAGGAUUAUGAAAUACUCAAAAAAUUAGGGAAACAGAACUUUUAAAGGUAGAGGCGUAGAUCAGCUGCUCUAGGAAGGUCAUAUCUCCUGUGGAAGCUCUGUCCUUAAUUCUCUCUUCUGUUACUGAUGCUGUGAUUUCAGGAGACGUGUAGGCUUCAUGUGAUUGAAACUACUAAGCGAUUCUUAAUAGCGCUCUGGUAGUUUGCUUUUUUGCUCUGUUGUCCUGCUACAAAAGUCUGUGAAGCCUUGCUGUAAACCAGAUCAACAAAAUCUAGCGUAAAUCCCCUUUUUUUUUUCCUUAAAACAUACACGAUCAACAUUGCUCAUCAGUUUUGCAGCACUGUCCCAUAAACUGCUGUAGCAGCACAACUUAGGCAGAAAACAAACUAGAGAGACAGGGAGGGAGGAGUGUAAUAAUUAGGUAUUUUUAAAAUACAUAAUAACUGCCUGACAAGUCACUUCCUUUAAGUGUGUGAAUGGCAGUGAUUAUAUUUAAAAACAUUAAUAGUGCUUCGUAAUGUUCAUAAGACUGUCUGUGCUAUGUGCCUGCCUUACAGUAAUUGUUUCUGAAUGCUCAGCUGCUUGAGAGUGAGGUUGGUAAUUUUUUUCUUUAUGUUGGAGACAGCCUUUUCCAUGAGAAGCGUUUGCACUCUCAUAAUGUAGAAGACAGACCUGAAUUUGUCCUUUGCAUAAAGGAAAUGUGUUUUGCCAUUUGUUUGACAAGCUAUCCAGACUUUGCGGGAGCUUUUCCAAAGAUGUGUAAAGCUGCAGUUUCCAUUUGCUUGGAACUCCCUUUUUUGGCAGCUGCAAAUCUAUGAAGAAGUGUCCUUUACUACGCUGUCACUUCAUAGCUCAGACUGCUGCCACAAUUCUAGGAAAAAAUAAGUUUUGCAAAGAUUUGGAAAUCAAGUAUGAUGCAAGACUUCGAGAGAGAAAAUACGGUGUUGCAGAAGGAAGGCCUUUGACUGACCUCAAGGCUAUGGCAAAGACUGCUGGAGAGCAAUGUCCUUCAUUCACGCCUUCUGGAGGAGAAACACUGGAUGAAGUAAGAGAACGUGCAAGGGAUUUUUUUGAAUUUCUGUGUCAGCUAGCUGUUGAAUUGGAACAGAAGGAGCAAGACAUGCAUGGUGCAGCAAGCAGAAGCUCAGGAACAGCUGAAGAAGAGUUAGUUUUCCCUUGGACAAACCACUGUAGCGAAGCAGAACUUAGCUCUGGUAGCGGUGGAACUUCUAAAAUAUUAGAUGCCAAUAUAUUAGUGGUGAGUCAUGGAGCCUACAUGAGGAACUGGAUCGGUUAUUUUGUUUCAGAUCUCAACUGUACUUUACCAACAAAUUUAACAAAGUCUCAGUUGUCUUCUGUCAGUCCCAAUACAGGAGUUAGUCACUUCAUUAUAAAACUUGAAAAUGGAAAUUUGUUAAAACCUGAAAUCACAUGUGUUUGUCUUAAUCAAGACUCUCACUUAGUGGAUGUGGGAGCUGAAUGUGUAGCUCCAAAAGUGUUUUAAGAGUCUUUGUAGGGGGAAGUGGUUUUAGGUCACCAUUAUACUAAGCUUGGGAAAGGUAUCUGUAGUAAUUACCGAGAUUGACUGGAGUUAUUGACACUAAACUGCAAAACUGAAGACAGGCAACUGCUUACCAUCUUAAAAUAACACAAUUUGCAUGGUCCUAGGGCCCGAUGUAAGUUGGCACUAGAGAAAUAACACAAAUGUUCUUUAUGAACAGAAACAUACUUCAGUCACUUGCAUAUCUGCUCCUAGAGUGCAUAUUUUUAAAAACUUCUUUUCAUUAGUCCAUAGUUAUUUUGGCUAUCUACAGGUAAAAGAGUUGGGGAGGGGAGAGGGAUGGUACCUCAAAGACGAGCUAUACUGUAUUCUUGUUUUAUUACAAAAUGCUAUAUUGUAAUAUUAAACAUAUAUGUUGUCUUAAAAUAACUUUUUUGAAUGCAAUAGUAUAACCUAAAAAGGAGCAUUGCCUAGUGGAAAAGGUUUGGUACAGUGUCAGGGGAGGUGUUCCUGGCUCUGGUACUAAAUAGCUGUGAGACUCUGGGCAAAUCUCUUUUCCAUUUGUAAAACAGGGAUGAUGAUAUACCUACCUCGCAGGAAUGUUUUGUAAGAAACUGUUAGUGUUGUUCAGACCUCUGUUAAAGAGUACAGUACACAAACAUAACGUAUUUAUUUCUAACUGUAAGCAGGAUGAGGAACCUCAUGUUCACAUAGCUGAAAUAAUGGCCUCUCUUCUGAAAAGGAACCUUAUCAAUAGGGUGAGUUGUACCCAACUAGAAUCCUGUUGUCAGUUGCAACUGUACACUUGAUGGACGAAUAUUUUUGCCUAGAAUUAGGCAAGUUUGAUUGCUUUAUGAUUGCUUAUAGUUGCUGUUAGUACUGCAUUCCUUCCUCACUGGGGUGUUUGUAGUGUUACUGUAAAAGCUUAUCUGAUUUAUGUUAUUUAUAAUAUCCACAUACUUUUUCUUCAUUUGCAUAUUUUAAGCCUGUUUAAAAAAAAUAAAUAAAAAAAAAAAUUAAAGGCUCCUGAAUAGA